AUGGUCAGGAAAAGGAGGAAGGGUGGUCUCACUUCAUUUUCGGGUGUUCCUCCCAGUGACAUGUUAAAGCGAGAACGAGAGUAUCGAGAAUUUCGAUCCGAUUUGAUCGAAAAAAAGAGAAAAUUUGGUACAUGCAAUCCGUGUGAAGACGAUCAUUAUGACCUGUCAUUAUCGGCGUUGUCAAUUCCGUUUGUUGACAUUUCAAUGAAGUUUGACAAAGCAGACGAAAAGACGACCAUCGGUAAUCACGACCGAUCGUCCAAUCGAUCAACUACAGACGAUGGUUGUGAUAAGGAUCAAUGCUUAACUCGAUGGUUGAUGGAUCAGCUCAAUACGCACUUUUGCAAUGAUUUAUGUUUUGAAAGAGUGCCACAAGUGAAUUUUUCAAAUGUUUUCUCUCCUGAACUCUCCAUUGAAUUGUCACAUAUUGAUGAUUGCUCCUUAAGGAGAGGUGGUAUCUCUAUUUGUGAUGAAAAAUGUGAUGAAACCACUUGA